UUUCCGAGCAUGUGGCGAUAGUGUCCCGACGCCAUUUUGUUAUGAUUUCGUUUGGCGGAAAAUGGCGGAAAAAAUUUUACAGACCGCGCCAAGCGAUUAUAUUAGUGUUAUAGUAAACUUCAAGAAUCUACGAUUUAUGGUUAGUUCUGAAAUUGUGUUUUGAAUUCAACUGAAAACGAUAAUAAUGUAUUUUUUAUAGAUUCUUUAAUUAAAUACCAAUUUAAAGUUGUUCGACUUGGUGUAUAAACAAAAAUAGCACGUGGUACUUUGAAUAUUUGCGACAUUUUGCUCUCUGUACUGGGUAUUAUCCUUUAAUACCGGAUAUGGAAAGUAAACUAUGGCACAUAGAGCUAAAAAAUUAAGGGCUUAAUAUGUUUUCAAGCCUUGUGGCUUAUAGAUGUGAUUUUUUGUUUUCAUAUAUUGAAGACAAAAUAUGUGCCCCCUCCCCUCCCUGGGAAAGGCCUAGGGGAAUGAGAACCCCCUGUUCCUGCAGUUGUGGCCAGAUAAAGGAAUCCAGAAUAUAACACUAAUUCCAUUACCCUAAUCCCUUAACGAAACCAUAUUCAGACUUGAUUUUUCUUUAGCCACUAGUAGUAUAUUGCAAUGGAUGAUAUUGUAUUUCCAAAUCACGUUGUAGCCGAGGAUUUGUGCUAAAUUGAAUAUAGAAACAUACAUACAACUUUACACGGUCAAGCCUGUUUGUAGAAAGUUUGCAAUGUGGGCAAUGUUUCAUAGAGUUUGUAGUAACAUACCUUUUAUAAUAAUUAUAAAUAUAUUUUCUUUUAACAGACCUUGAUCAAAGAAAACUACCUCAUCUCAGAUUUAAUUAGGGAAGUCGAAAACACAUUUGCAAAACUCUGUUCAGUGAAGUAUGUGGCUCUUUCUAGUACACAUACAUUUUAAUUUGUCCGGUGUACAUUUUCACACAAUUACACGUGUAUGCUUUAUAUUUUUCAGAGUUAAAAUCAAGACAUUAAAGAACUCUGUUAAUGCUGUCCUGCCGGACUGGUAUCCGGUAGCCCCCUUAAUAAGAAAUCAAGAUGAAAUUUUUGCCUUUACAGGUAUAUUUAAUGUACGAUACUUGUUAAGGGGUAAUGUUACAUUACUUGUUUUUAUUUACCUUGAGAAUAGACUAUGAAUAGGCCAAUUUCCGCUCAGAAAAUAUUUCUGCAGAAAGAACAUUUUGUAAAAAAAAAAUUUGAAGUUGAAAAUUUUCAACUUUUAACAAUGAUAUUUUCGGAAAAUUUUCUGUCUGUGGAAAUUUUUCUUGAGUGGAAACGAGCCUUUACUGUUCAGCGAGCUUAGCAGCUCUAACUAAUAAUGGUAUUUUUCUGUUGUUAGAUAAUGCAGCUGAAGUGUUGAAUAUUGAUUUGACAAAACAUGGCAACUGUGGUUCAAUUGCAGUAUCACCGUUGGGGUCUGGCAUAAUGCCUGACUCAGGGUUUACAAGUCCAAUAGUGAAGCCGAGGACUUUUAGGGGAUCGGAUGGACCACUGGAACGGAAAGGGAUGGACGGGGAUGGAGUAGAAAGACAAAAGAGAUCUGACGAGAACUUUAGCCAAGAUGAAGGCAAUGAGUUAUUAAGUGAAAUAUUUAGCUUGCAAGAUCACAAAAACGACAUGCAAGUUCGAGGUCAAGGGAAGAAACUUGUUGGAAAUCUCAGGACGAACACUACAGAUAGUGAAAAAGAAAGAGAGAGUUCACUUGAGGUCGAGCAAGCUAGAAAGACAUUCGGAAAAACACAAAAAACAAAAACUGCCGGCAAGAACUUUCAAGAAACUACGACUUCGCCAAGAAAUGAGAUAAUGGACAAGAGCCCGAAUGAGCCGGAUUCUUUGGUAGGCCAAGAAAAAACUGUGAAGAACUCCUUCGAUGAUAAUCAGGGAAAAAAGGAGGUUUAUAAGUCGAAGAAAAAGACUGUAGCAUCAGACAGCGAGUCAAGUAGCGAUAGCAGUAGUGAAAGUAGCUGGAAGUCAAAUGAAUGUACUAAUAAAGCACACGAGAUUAAGAAUGCAUCUCAACAGAACAAAUCAUCUCAAAAUAACGAUAAUGUGGAAUCGUUUGGAGCUGCCAGGAAAGCAAAAGAGACUGAGAAAGCUUCCGAAGUGACGAAGUCAACAGGGAGUGCUCAGAAUAAAGGUGGUACCCAAAAACUAAAUAUAAAAAGGAAGAACGGUUCUUUUAACAUGAGAGCGAAAUUGUUUCAAGAAAAUAAUAUACAGGGCGCUGCUGGGCAUGAGAGCGACUCGAGUGACGACUCGACAGAUAAUGAAGAGAUGGAUGUCGAUAAGAAACAUGGAAAUAAAAACAUAAAACUGGCAUUAUCUUCGAGAAAGCGGGCCAAGGUUUCAGGCGAAAAAAAUGAUGAAAAUAUGGAAGUGGAUGCAGAAAAUGUUACGAAAGAGAAUUCUGAAUUGGUUUCUAAAACUGGGAAGGUUAAGUCUGCGGCGAAUACGGGAAAUAAAGAAAGCGAGUCAAGUGAUAGUUCAUUGGUGGUCGAUGAGGGAGGUGGUGGAGGAAGCAGCAAAGAAAAAGCGAAGACAACAGGCGUGGAGUCGAAGGAAAUAGAAAAUGGAAAGGAUGCUUCAGCUAAAGUUUCUGCGAAGAAAGGAAAGAAGAUCGGUGAAAAGACAAUGAUUGCUGAUGAACAGGAUGAUUGCAACAAGAUUACGGGCAAAAAAACGGAUGACAGUAAAAAUAGAAAAGGGAAAGAAACCAAAGCUUCUGAAACUAGUACUCCGACAAAAAGCAGCGGAAAUGCAAUACCAAAAAUUAUGUUUAUAAAUGACAAAGAUAUGCAGGAAUCUUCCUCGGACGAUGAAAGUGCUGUUGGCACACAAGAGGGAAAAACCAAGAAGGUCAAAGGUGAAAUGUCGGCAAGCAAUAAAAAGGAUCAUACAGGAAAAGAGAGUAUGAAAAAUGAAAGUAAAGGUGACACUAAGAAAUUAGAUACAAAGUCUGGAACGGCAAAGAAAGAUCAAUCUAGGAAAGACGAAAGCUCUAGUGAUAGUAGUGGCUCCAGUAGUGACUCAGACGAGAGGGAACCAUCGAAGAAACCAAAAAACAACAAUGAAAAGAAGAAUGACAAUGCAUUUAAGAAUAGAAUAAAAGUUAUGGAUAUUACCAUGAAAGAUACGGCCAAGGAAACAGAAAACGUCAAAGAAACGAAUGUUGGCAAAAAAGAUGAGAACAACGACGUCAAGAAAGCGAAACCGGACGAGGAAAGUGAUUUAACUUCUGUCUCCGAUAGCAGCUGGAGCUCAAGUGACGACGAAGAUAAGGAAGUAAAAACAACAAAUGUAAAAACAUUAAAAAAUAAAAAUGAAACAGCAACGCGAGCAGUCAAAGAUGAAUCUCCAACGGAUGUCGUAGACGGUGUUAAAAGCAAGAGUAAAAACGAUAAUCCAACAACACCAGCCCCUAAAAGUAUCAGUAAAGGCGGGGUGGAGGACAAUACCACCAAAGUGAAAGGCAAAAGAAAGGAUGCGGUCAAGAACGACGACAAAGAUAAACAAACCAAUUUGGAUGCGGCGCCUUCCCCCGCGAAAAGUGUCCGUCAUAAAAAGAGCAAAGAAAAUUCGAAUAAAAAUACCUUCGCUUCUCCUGCCAAAAGUAUUGCUCGCAGCAAGAAGGGCGGUUUAUCAAAAACUAAUGCUGAUGAAGCGAAAGAUACUGAAGUUGAUGCUAAAUCCGAGAGUUCUGUUUCGACGCUGAAAGCUCCAUACACGCAGUUGCCUGCGAAGGACAAGGCGAAGGGUCAUUCUGAGAGUGGAGGUAGUGACGACGACGCUGUGAAGAAGGGCAAGGAGAUAUUAAAAGUUGGGAAGAAGAAAGGAAAACAUAAUUCAACUGAUAAGAAAACAGGUCAUGGUAAGUGCUCAUGAUACUUUACCAUCAUUUCCACCAUCAACACAACUAUCAUCAUCAUCGAUACCAGCAUCAUCAUUACUACCAUCAUCACAACUAUCACCACCACCACCAUCGUCAUCACUACCACAAUCAUCACAGCUACUAUCAUCAAUACUAUCACCAUCAUCAAAACUAUCAUGAUCAUCAUCACCAUCAUCGUCAUCAAUUAUACCAAGCAUAUAACAUUUUAUCUAUCUUCCUAUAGUUGUCACAACAUCAGCAGACCAAAUAGAACCAAAGGAUCCUAAGACAUCCAUCUUGUUCCCUCAAACACCAACGACCCGAAAAAAAGCGGCAUUGUUGUCCGCCAGUAAAGUUGCGUCUUGGCUGUUGUCCAAUCCUGUGACAGAGGACGUGGCUGACGUAACCAGCAAUGAAACAAAAUCACCGCAAACACGUUCAAAAAACAAAACUAAAGAUAAUAUAACCAAUCUGCUUGAACCAACUAACAACGAAACGGCACUAAAACCACCAAAGAAAAAUUCAAAAAACAAAUCUAAGGAAAAUGUUCCCAAAGUCGAGUCAAUUGUGGAUAAAAUCGACAGCGACAAGACUCUUCUGUCGCCAAAAGGAGCAACUCUGUCACAAAAAAGAAAGUUGGACGAAGUUAGCGAGCAAGAACAGUCAAUAAAAUCGAAGAAAAAUAAGAAAAAGAAAUCGGAGGGGAAGAAGAACGAGAAACAACAACUCAAUGAAGAAACUCAAGGUGACUAACGUUCUGAGCAGUGUUACUAAGCUCUCUGGUUUUGUUUGUUGAAGAAGUUUUGUAUAUAUAUUAAUGAAAAUAUGUUUACCGCAGGAGCAGAAAUUGAGUGUAAGAGAACAGAAAUUGAGUGUGAUACACAUUCAAAUAGAUCUUACGGUACUGACCUCUUUUUUUGUGAAACUACUUUUCUUUUCAGUUGCAAACAAAACAAGAACAUAAUCUUGAUGAAACCUGUCUUUGAAAAAGAUACGAAAUUAAGCCUAUUCUCCAGUCCUCGCAUGAAGCAACUGACAUGUGACUGCAAGCUCAUCAUAGAAAAGAAGUUAUGACUUCCUUACUUGAUAACUGUACGAAACUUUCAAGCGUGUUGAGAUUUUCAUAUUGAAAUACAAACGCCUACAGCGAGCUUCGUGUGAAGACUAAAGCCCGGAUCAUAUGAGAAUUGAUGUGCAUGAGAGUUGGCUGGCAGUCACAUGACCUUGCUGUUCUUAAUGCUUUCCCAACAAGACCGGAAUUUGGAUGAAAUAUAGUGGGGGAGGUGCAGCGGUUUAGCUCACGACCCCCAUAGAAAGUUAGGGCCAAAGUCAACGACGUGACGUAUGCAUGUAGUGUACAUAUUAUAUGUAUCAGUGUAUUAAUGCAUUAUGACUGUACAACUCAUCCAAUUUUGCCCUUCAUUACAAUUACUACAAAGUUUCUUUCAAAACUUUGCAUUAUAAGGGUAAUUGACAUAGAGAUGAAUGGCCAUCUCUAUUUCAAUUUUACAGAAAAACUUUCUUACGAAGUGUAGAACCUAAGCAACAAAAAAUGACAAAUUUUCACUUUGAUGUAUUAUCAAAACUUUCCCAAGGGGAAGUGCAUGACUUUCAGGGGAGGAGCAAAAAUUCUCAGAAGAAGUGUAAAACGAUCUCAGUGGAGGUGCGCACCUCUCCACAAAAUCCAGGCAUGCUUUUCUGACACUAAUGUAUUUCAUUUAAGUUUAAACAUAAUUGGAACACUCAUCAACUCUCAUUUUCUUUUGACCGAAGUUAAAUUCUUUCCUCCACUUGCAGAUAAUCAAGACAAGCUUCCUGCCAAAAGUCCAGUGACGACCAAGAAAGGGAAAAAUACUUCACUUUCAUUACCAAAGAUUUCCAAGGGGCUGUCAGCUUUGAUAGAAGAUGGUAUGUUGACACUGAUAUUCUGAUCUAUAGUAUAUGACAUGGAUGGUAUGUUGGGUUAGCGCGUUGGUCGAUGGUAGGACAAUAUUUAGGGUUGGUAUUAAAAUAUUCCAGAUGUAGGGAAUAUUGAAGUGUCUUCCUGAUCUGAUGUGCUCGAAAACUCAUGUAUGUAGAGUUGUGGCUGAUUCUUUCCUUUGAUUCGAGGAUUUUUCUCCGAGACUAACCCCACACACGCAAAAAUCUCACAUCUUGUAGCAAAUCUGCUAACAAGUCGUCAACAAAUUGUGUUCGGACUGCUUGUCCCAAGUUGUCAACAAGUAUGGAACAACUUGUUAACAGUUGUAACAACCUUGUUGAUAUUAUCAGACUUGUUGCAAGGUUUGUUCCAACAAGUCCGAUACAGUCAUGAUAUAACAAUAUUGUUACAACCUUGUAUUGUCAACCUUGUAACAUUCUUGUUAUAUCAUGACUGUAUCAGAAUUGUUAGAACAACCUUGUCUGAUAAUGCCAUCAAUUAAGCUUGUUACAAGUUGUUAAUCCUUCCACGUAUUUUUCAUUUUUUAGAGAGUGAUUACAACACGAAGUCCACUAAAAGAUCCAAAAAGCAAAAGUUCACUCCCCCAAUAAUAAAUCGUCAUUUGAAACAUACAGGAUUUCUGACGCCAUCGAACACCGUUGGACGAAAGACGCCCGGUUCAAAAACGCCGAAAUCACGGAUCAAAAAAACUCCGUCUUCCCAGCCGAGUAAAACAAUUGAAAUGAACGAAAAAGAACAGGAAUUUCUCGAGAGUGGUGCUGUCAACUUGGACACAUUACUGAACGAUCAAAGUAUUAAAUGGUAGCAGAUGAAAUUGUUUAACUAGUAGUGGGUUUUACGCAGUGAAAUACAUGCUAAAUAAUAAUUACAAUGUAAAUAGCGAUUUUAUUUGUGUGUCUUAAAAAUACUUGUUCAACAUUGUGUAUUAUAUUAAUAAAUAUUAUGUAUUGUACUUUACAAGUUUUGCAAUUCCACAAUACAGAAUAAUUGUAGUAAUUUAUGGUGUUUGAUAUUUCAGCGAGUACAUUUGAUUCCCAGCCGUCGCUUGCUUCUACGAACGAACAGUCACAGAUAAAAACAUCGUCUAUAAUCACGUGAAACUUUCAUGUUUGUAACGAGCUUUUGAAGGUUUUAGUGAGCAAAAAACAAAGUUUAAUUUAUAAAUACUUUAAAGGACAUUGGCAAUAAAAAAAAAGUUGAUUUAGUUCAUUUGAAAGAACUUUUCAAACUGUAUAUUAAACUCUAUUACAGAUUGUUUAUAUCUUGCUUAGUCCUCAAAAUAUUUCGACUGAAAAAAGUGAGCUGUUCGCCAUCUUGGAUUAUUGAGGAUAUGCAUGUUACCUCAAGAGAGGGGUCACGCUAAUUUUUAUCUUGAGAGUAAGCGAUCAAUAUGGGUCCAAAACUUCGUUUCUGUCUGAAAUUUAGAAAUAAUUAAAAACAUUUCAAACAAUUUUGGAUUGUUACUCGGUCAUUUUAGAGUAGUUUUAUAUGGUUAACCCAACUCCUGACGUCAUCAAAACCGCAGUUAAUGAGGUCAAGAAUUAGUUCAACAUGGCGGACAGCUCAUUAAUUUCGGUGUAAAUAUUUUGGGAACUAAGCAAGAUAUGGCAAAUCGGUAAUAGAGUUUAAUAUAUAAUUUCAAGAGUUUUUUUAAAUGAGACCAACUAAUUUUUUAUUGCCAAUGUCCUUCAAGUUUAAUUUGGUUAUACCAACAAAUCGACAAUUUUAGGAAGCUUAAAAAUCCCUGAUCAGUUUAAAAGUAAAACCUGUUAAAUGCAUGCUCAGGACAAACAUUGAAGCUUCAUGUGAGAAUAUACAAUAUUUGAUUUCAGAUAUCUGCCACUGCAUAUUCAUAUGAUAUUUUGCAAUAACUAAAAUAUAUGCGCGCUCCAGACUUUUGCGAGUACAGCGUUUCCCAUAUAUCUGUUAACUAUUAGUUGCCCACCUCAAGAACGUCCCUAAAACAUUAUCCAAAGUUCUCAAACCUGGAUGCAGAUUAUCUAAUGAUGCUUUUAUCGAGGCCGCCUGUACGGUAUAGCCCGCUUCGUGUAGGUCUCGCACCACCUCGUUCACGCGCGAUUCUCGCGAGUGUUCCACGUUUAUCUCGCCUUUCAAUAAGUAGUUCACAAAGGCAGCGAAGUAUGGCGUUUCCACUAUGCGCGAUGAUAAUUUGUUUUUGAAAAGUAGUUCUAAAAAUUCGUUGUCCCAAAUUGCUUGGUCAGGCUGUUAAUGACAAAUAUCAUAUCAAAAUUAAGGCUGAAGUUAAUAAUUAUGGACAGUAAUUCGCACUUCAAAUCAAAUUUGUUAAGAACAAAACACAUACCUCUAACAGUUUCAUUUGGUUUAAAACAAAUUCAAACAUCUCGGCGUCUCCCACAAGAAGCCCAAAUUUAAAAGCCAAAAGUUCUUCGCAAUCUUUAAGAAGUGCGUCGAAAAUACUUUGACAAUCCU